GCAUCCCACCUUUCUCAACACCAAAGCAGAAUGGCUGAAACCAUCCUCAUCACUCCUAUUAUACAGGAUGCACUGAAAAAUGUGAUUUCCUUUGCUGCUGACAAGGCAUUUUCAUUUGCGGUUGAACAAAUCUGCCUUGCAUGGGGUUUCAAGCAGGAGCUGGCAAACCUUGAGGACUCACUACUUACAAUUCAAGAUGUUCUCCAAGAUGCAGAGGAGAAACAGGAAAGUGAUCCGGCUGUAAGGCGGUGGCUGCAGAAGCUCAGAGAUGUAGCAUAUGAUGCGGUGGAUGUAUUGGAUGAGUGCGCUUAUAAGCUUCUCCAACUGAAAGUAGAGACUCAAGGUCGUCUGACGAAGCAGGUGUGUAUGUUCUUUUCUGGCACCAAUUCCAUUAUGUUUCGUCUCAAAAUGGCUAAAAAAAUUAAGAAGAUUAAUGAGUCUCUAGUUAAAGUAAAAGGAGAUGCAGUUUUUCCUCUUCUUACUAGAAACAAAAGGGCCCAGUUUGGCCGAUUCCGGCCUGAUACUGACUCCUAUAUAGAGUCAAAAGUUGAAGGAAGGGAUAAGGAAGUAUUAGAAAUUGUUAACUUGUUGACUGCACUAAGGGGGCAGCAUCCCAUCUCUGUCAUUUCUUUGAUCGGCAUGGCAGGAAUUGGGAAGACAACCUUAGCAAAAUUGCUAUGCAAAGAAAUAGAAAAGAAAAACAUUUUUGAUGUAGUGGCAUGGGUGUGUGUGUCUGAUGAUUUUGAUGAACGAAAAAUUUUAAAAGGUGUGUUAGAAUAUCUUGAUCAGAAUGCUGGUGGGAUAGAUAACAUUGAUGUAUUGCUCAAAAGACUGGAAGAAAAAUUAGAAAAGAAAACUUUUCUUCUUGUUCUUGAUGAUGUGUGGAAUGAAGAUUCCAAUACCUGGGCUAAUUUUGUUAAUCGUGUGUUAAAAAUUAUGAAAACAUCUGGGAAUUCCAUUUUUGUAACCACUCGUAAUGAAAGGGUAGCAUCAUCCCUGGCAAAGUUUCUUCCUUUGCAUGAGCAUCAUGUACAGAAGCUGCCAGAAGACGACUGUUGGUUGAUAAUAAAGGAGAAAGUUUUUGGAUCUGCAACAUCAUCCAUAAGUGAUCAACAUCUGGAGGCUAUUGGUAGGGAUAUUGCUAAAAAUUGUGGGGGCUUGCCAUUGAUUGCAAGUGUUUUAGGAGGAACAAUGCGUGUAGUAAGGGGAGUAGAUGAGUGGUUGUCUAUAAAAGAAAGUAAUGUCUGGAAUUCAGAAGAUGGUAAUCAGGUUUUACGUAUACUUAAACUAAGUUUUGACCAUUUGCCUUCACAUUUGAAAAAAUGCUUUUCUUAUUGUUCUAUUUUCCCAAAAGAUUUUGAUAUAAAAAAGGAUGAUUUAGUUCAACUUUGGAUGGCUCAAGGAUUUCUUUAUCCAUCUAGUGAGGAAACAAUGGAAGAUAUUGGUAACAAGUACUUCAAUGACUUGUUAUCUAACUCCUUGUUCCAAGAUGUAGAAAGAGAUAAAUAUGGGAACAUCCAAACCUGCAAGAUACACGAUGUAGUGCAUGACCUUGCAGUGUUUGUUUCAAAAAAUGAAACACUGAUUUUGAAGAAUGGUUCCAUUGGUGAAAAUUCUUGCAUUCGACAUUUGAGGGUCCUAUCCGGUGCACCAGUGGAUCCAACUAUUUUGAGAGGUGUAGCUCCAAAGUUGCAUUCAUUGUUCUCGGAGGUUGAUUUUUGCAAUCUGUCACUAGAUCUUAAAAGCAUACGGUCUUUAAGUUUGAAGGCAGCAGAUGUUGAUCAACUGCCAGCUUCUCUCGGCAAAUUGAAGCAUUUGAGAUACCUUGAUGUCUCAGGAACUAAAAUCAAAGCACUGCCAAAAUCUUUCACCAGACUCAAGUUUUAUCUUGACAAGAGCAACCCAGCGAGUAGUAGCCAUGGUGGGGGGGAAUUAAUCACACUUUUCCCGGCUUUGAAAGAACUCCGUAUAUGCGAGAUGGACAACCUAGAGGAAUGGGCAGAAAUAGAAGAGAUGGUUGUGUUUCCUCGCCUUGAGAUAUUGCAAAUUGAGUUUUGUUCUAGAUUGAAAACUUGGUCAAUGGCUGGUGAGCUUUCCGGAGGAGUGCCUUGGACACCUCACCCACUUAAAUUGUUGAAGAUGGGUCCCUUCUACUCUGAGUUGGAAGAAUUCCCAGGACUCACUUCCAUUCAUCCCCUCCACACCUCUCUUGAAACACUGCAAUUGUAUGGAUGGGAUAAGGUAAAGUCUUUACCACAUCAGUUGCAACAUCUCACUACCCUCAAGGAAUUGGAGUUAUGGAACUUCAAUGGCCUCGAAGCUUUACAAGAGGGGUUGGGUAAUCUCUCUUCUCUUGCUUCUUUAAGGAUUGAAAAUUGCAACAAAUUGAAGAGCAUUCCAGAAAAUAUUGGGGAAUUGCGUUCUCUCACUGUUCUUGAAAUCAUUAAUUGCAAAGAACUGAGAAGCUUUCCAGAGGAGUGCCUUGGUCGCCUCACCCACUUGAAGGAGUUACGUGUGGGUCCUUUCUGGUCAGAGUUGGAGGAAUUUCCUGGAUUCGCUUCCGUGGGUCACCUCCACACUUCCCUUGAAAUUUUAGAAAUAAGGGGAUGGGAUAAACUGAAGUCUCUUCCACAGCAACUUCAAUAUCUCACUACCCUCAGAGAAUUGUGGUUACUCUCCUUUGGGAGCCUGGAGGCUUUGCCAGAAUGGUUCCAAAACCUCUCUUCUCUUCAAGAUUUGCGAAUUCGGUAUUGCCCUAACUUAAUGCAUUUGCCUUCUGUUGAAGCCAUGCGCCACCUCUCCAACUUACAAAUUCUAUAUAUUGAGUAUUGUCCCAAAUUGAAGGAAAGAUGUGCCAUAGAGAGCGGCCCCGAAUGGUCCAAGAUUUCCCAGAUCCCCGACAUCGGCUUCUGGUAAAUACCCAUUUUUUGUUGAAGGAAAAUGGGAUAUAUCAGCAUGCAGAGUAGGAAUCGCAACCUGUGGUGCUCGGAAUUCAUCAAAAUCUUGAAAUCUUAUAGCAAGCAGCUUCUCCUGCCUUGAAUUCAAAAUUAUGAAGAAUUGAAGCUGAUAUUCACAACAAAGUGACCCAACCAGAUGAUUGGCCCUCUCCUCCUAUUGUUUGUGCACGCUCACAAGCAGAUUCAGCUGUAUAUAAUUUUCAGAGCCAGGAAACCUGUGUUGAGACAGUUAUGGUUCAAGUGUGCUUGAAAUAUCCAGAAGGUUAUGUGCCAAAUGUCAGAUGCGCCAACACAGUGGGUCCUAAAGUUUGGAGGAUUUCAAAGAGGCUCAAGUUCAUUUCUACCGUCGAGCCUAAACCGGAAGGUUGUCUAGGUUUUUGUUACUUUGUACUCAUGUAUCCUUAAUGGAAUUGAUAUAUAUAUGGAGCUUGAAAAUCUGAAUGGAGGACUAGUGGAGUAUGUGCUUGCACAAUGGAAUCAUGAGGAAAAUGUAAGACUUUUCUGCUUAUACAUGUUGUUUAGGAGAAUUUAAUUUUAAUAUUAUGGAUUACAUUAAAGCCUCCUUUAGCAUUUGUUUCAAAUGAGGUGCUUUCCUUUUUUCAUAGUUAUUGCUACACCAGAGCUCUCACCAAGUGUAAACUACCAAUGCAUGAGGAAGAGAAAAUAGCAGAUUACAUGAACACAUUGAUGGGUGGAAGCUUAGUAAGAAUGAUAACCAAAAGGUCGUAUUUUUAAGGUCUAUGGCAAAGAACUUCACCAAAUCCUUCAAUCAACUUGGAAAAAGGCUUUGAGAAUUGUGAUAUUGGUACUUGCGGCAAUGGAGGCAGCACCCACACUGGACAUGCCUACAAGCACAUGGCUAAUGUAAACUUAAAAUAGCAUGUCAGGUCUUUUUGAAAAAACUUUAGUUUUAUGAACAUAUACUGAAUUAUGCGGUUAAACCUUUUUUUUUUAAUCAGCGAGUUGUGUAGUUAACUGUUGCAUACAUGUAGAUACGAAAUUAUAAAUAUAGAAAGUGAUCUUAA